GCGGGGGCUGCGGGCGGAGCCGGGCGGGGCGGGGCAAGUUUGUUUCCAGAGUUCGGGGACCAGGAACCCACGCGGUUGCUGCGCAGGUGCCCUCCGACUCGGUCGGGAUGGAGCUGCCCGCCGUGAACCUGAAGGCGAUCCUCCUGGUUCACUGGCUGCUGACCAUCUGGGGCUGCAUUGUGUUCCCGGGCCCCUAUGCCUGGGCCAACUUCACCAUCCUGGCCUUGGGCGUGUGGGCCGUGGCGCAGCGGGACUCCGUCGACGCCAUAAGUAUGUUUCUGGGUGGCCUGGUGGUCACCAUCUUCCUGGACAUCGUCCACAUCAGCAUCUUCUACCCGAGGGCCGGCCUCUCGGACACGGGGCGCUUCAGCGCGGGCAUGGCCAUCCUCAGCCUGCUCCUCAAGCCGUUCUCCUGCUGCCUCGUCUACCACAUGUACCGGGAGCGCGGGGGUGAGCUCCUGCUCCACCUGGGUUUCCUCGUGCCUUCGCAGGAGCGCAGCGCCUACCAGACCAUCGACUCAGAGGUGCCUGCCGACCUGGAGAGCAGGCCUCAAGGCCCCCAAGGAUACUGAAGCCGGCCAAGUCCAGGAGCCAGCUUGACAGACCUCCAGGGAGGCGCAGGCGGCAUCACCCUCUUUGUACCUCGGGUGUCAUUUGUGUCUUGGAUGGCCUCCCUUUCUUAGAACUAACGUGGGAACGAACCCAGUUUCCCAGCUCAGGGGUUGCCUGAAUCAAGUGCCCUGAGAGGCCAGGAGCCCCCGCCCUGGCACACCUGUCCCAGACUCCCCGAGGCCUCUCCUCACUCCAGGAAUCAUGCUGGGCCCAGUCUGGGAACUGUGGUUGCUUUUGUCACCUCCACCCUAAGUGGCUCCGUGAAGGCCCCAGGCCAAGCUGUGCCUAAGCCCUCAGGCCUCCAAGGGCUUCAGCUCAGGUUCAGGCCCCAGGGAAAGCUUCUCACUGCCUGGUCACUUGGUGCCUGGGGACCCCGGGGCUGGAGGCAGGAGGUGUCUGCAGCCUUUGAGACCCACCACGGCCUCCAGCUGCCUUUCUCAGAGCCAUAGCAUUAAAGUUCGGGGAAUUCUGUAGCUGAGUGUGUUUUGAACCCCUUUUAUCUCCCUUCUGGGCGGGGGCCUGGACUUGCCAUGCCUGGGAAGUUUUCUCCUGCAAAUCCUCAGGAUACCAGAGCUUAGGUGCCUGUUCUGCUGUGGCCAGAGGACACAGAGGCUCAUGACCAGCUGGGCCUACCUCGUGCUCAGCUCUGGCCUAACCAGGGCCCCAGCAGCGGAGGGCACUUUUCCAUGUGACAUGUGAGCCUCCAGUUCUCCAAAUUCAGACAACUCAGCACUUGGUUUGAAUCCUGCUCUGCCACUGACUGGCUGUGUGCCCUUGGGCAUCUUAGCCUUCUGACCUCUGUGUCCUCUGGCGAAGGGCUAAUGCCUGCCUGGGGGGUGGGAGUAGGGGGUGAUGCUGCAGAUCAAGUGGACAGUGCCUGGCCUUGGAAGGGUUCCCUAAGUGACAGUGAAGUUGUCGGUGGAGCUGCUCCUUGAGCCCGUGAUGAUGUUGAGUCAGUGGGUUAGGGGUGACCUCUUCUUGGCAGACCCUGUGUCUUGGCCUCAGAACUGACUGGAACACUUGUCUGAAAGUUCCCAGGAUCCCAUGGCCAGGGCCCUACCCCAUUCCCACUGGGACGGGUAUUGACCACAAGACCCCAGAUAUCUGGGCCAUACUGGCUUUGUCCCCAGCACAAAGAGGUCAAGGCCUAGUGCUCAGCCCCCCCUCCCCCAUUCUUCUGUACCCAUCCAUCCAAAGAGGUUGAGUGCCUGCCAUACUCUGGGCAAGGACCUGGGGUUACAGGGGUGAGCUCAAGUGCUUACUUUGGGGAGAACAGAUAUUAAGAGUCCAUGGAGUUCCCAUGGUGGCACAGCAGAAACAAAGCCAAUUAGGAACGAUGAGAUUGUGGGUUUGAUCCCUGGCCUCACUUAGUGGGUUAAGGAUCCAUGUUGCCAUGAGCUGUGGUAAAGGUCGCAGACGUGGCUCCCAUCCAUUGCUGGGGCUCUGGUGUAGGCUGGCAGCUACAGCUCCGAUUAGACCCCUAGGGUGCAGCCCUAGAAAAGACAAGCUGGGAUUAUAAGAAUUGGGCCUUGUUUCUCUCUGACACAUCAAAGAAAAAGUUUGUUGAAGGAGCUGAGCUCAUUUGGACUAGAGAGAUAAGAUUGUGAGAACGGUGGGAAGAAGGAGGCAGAAACUGGAGCAAUGAGAUUUCAAGUGGAGUUUGCUGACCGACAGAAUUAUCAGGAGCUCUGAGCAGGCGUCUGGAACUCAGGCUCCCCUGCCACAGGGGAUGCUUGUUUUUUUAGACAGGGGUCAUUUUGUUGAGCCAGGUAGUCUGUGGCCUUGGAGCUAUCUUUGUCUUUGGAAACUCAUCUGUCACAUGGGCCUGUUCGAUAAAAAGGAGUCUGUGUCCUUUCAGGCCUUGCUUCAUUUUCCACCUAAGAAAGAUGACCAUUCAAUCACUCCUGGGGUCAAGGAGAGCUCCCCAAUUAUACAUAUGCAGUAAGACUCCUAGGGGUCAGAAAGGGAGGGGACACCAGGCCAUAAUAAGUCCUGAUGCCAUCUCAGCAUCCUUUGCUCUGGAAUCCAUCUGUGUCAAAAGAUGUGUGUGCAUACUGGUUAGGGUCCUGUGUCCAGUCAGGUGUGAGAAUUAAAACAGGAUGAUUGGCUAAAGGUAAACAAAGGCCCAGAAGAGCUGUCCUAUGUAAGCCAUUUAAAUCCGCUCUCUGGGAGCGCUACUCAUUCAGGGGGACAGUUGCACCCACGCGCCUCUCUAGGGUGUGUGACUUCUUUGCUUCUGACGUUUUAAUAAACCACUUCCUGGA